AUGGAGACAGACCGUGAAGAGCUGCAGGAGAGUGCCGCUGGCUGGACCUUCCUUAGUGAGGACGAGAUCUUCGGGUCCGAUCCCAGAAACUUCACCCUGCUCGAGCUGGGCUCUGAGGGGACUCUCGGUAGCAUCCGGAGAGCCGCGAAGGGUGUUUUUGACUUCCUAACGGGCGGAGAGCUGGACCAGCCCCUGUGCGAGGACUGUACUGACAGCCUCCUGGAGCAGCCGGACACCCCGCUCAGGGCCUCAGACUCUGACAUUCAGAUCUACAAACGCUGUUUGGAGACCAGGGAGGAUGCGAGGGAGACACUGGAGCAGGAGCUGAAGGCCGUGGAGCUGGAGGAAGCCAGGCUGGCCCAGGAGCUGGAGGAGGUGGAGAAGAACGGAGAAAGGACCCGCGUGGCUCUGGAGGCCGCCCGGGCAGAGACGGAGUCGCUGGAGCAGCAGGAAGGGCAGUACUACAGGGACCUCGGUGAGCUGCGACGGCAACAGCUGGAGCUGCAGGACGAGCUGCGCAGCGCGGAGGCCCGGCUGCUGCACGCCCAGGCCCAGCUGGCCCGGCUGCAGAACACCAGCGCCUUCCGGGCCGCGUUUGUGAACUGCUGUGAUGGCCCCGUGGCCUCCAUCAACGGCUCCAGGCUGGGCUGCCUCCCUCCCCGCUGGAGGGAGAUGAACCCGGCCUGGGAGCACACGGCCCUGCUGCUCCAGGCCCUGGCCCUCGCGGUGGGCCUGCGGGGCCAGAGGUUCCGGCUCAGGCCCCGCGGGGACCGCUCCCACCCGCAGCCGCUGCCCGCCCCGCGGCGCUGCCCCUGUGCCGCCCCCGGGGCAGGGCGCGCUGCGGGAGGACAGGUUCCACGAGCCACGGCGGCCUUCCUGCACUGCCUGCAGCAGUUCCUGGAGGCGGCGGCGAAGGCAGAGCCCUACACCGUCCUCGCGGGGGCCGGCCUGGUGGGGGACGCGGGGGCCGGCGAGUUCUACUCCUCCUUAAGGCACAGUCACAAAUGA